AUGCCUGGACCGAGGAAGGCGGAGGAAACCAAGCCAUGGGACAUCCAGCUGGUCCAGAAACGCCAGUACGUGGGGGUCCACGUAUACACCUGCCUGAUCACCGUGCAACAAACGAUCCGGCAUUGCGGGAUGCACUCGCACUCCAGCACAGUCGCAGGGGGCCUAGGAAAGUAUGUCCUGCAUCCGUCGGACUCCGAAUGCAGAAGAGCGGAGAGAUUCCAACACCUGGACCUGAGGGCCAUCGGAGCUGAUUGGUGUCCCAGCUCACGAAAAAUGGAACGACGGAGAUUUCCACAACCCUGCAAGGACAACUAG